UCGUGCAGAGGUGUGGGGAGGAGGGUUGAUACGAAAACACAGAGAAGCAGUGGCAGUCUGAACCACCCUGGGAGGCUGACGAACUCUCUGUUCAAGCUCCGAUCCGAGAUGAACUUGGCUCUGGUCCACGACAGAGAGCUCAUUAAGACGUUCUGGGAGAAGAGGAUCGAAACUCAGACUCAGCAAGUGGAGAAUGAGGAGCAGAGGAUGAACAAAAGCGCCCUCAACAAGCUGAGGGGGGAGUGGCUGGUCCGUCUGGAGAACCGAACCAAACACCUAAAGAACCUCAACGACAACUACAUGAGGAAGAUGAAGAUGGAGACACAGAACGCAGACAGCUGACCAGACGUGAGCCAACCAAAGACUCGCUGUAGCCCUGCUCAACCAAUGAUUUUCCUGCUGCUGUGUGAAGAGAAAUAAAGUGACUGCUGAAAAAAAUAAACCCGUCUGUGGAAACACUGAUGAUGAAUG